AUGAAAUUAUUCCUGAUAAUUCUUGGUAUUUCUAUUAUAUUUCCUUCUCUGGCAAGUAAAAAAACUUGUGAAAAAAAUUUUUUACAUGAAAUAUAUGCUUAUGGUGAUGAAUUAGCUUCAGAAUCUUUGUCACAAUAUGUUAAUCUUGAUGUUAACCCAUGUGAUGAUUUUUAUAAUUAUGCCUGUGGAACUUGGUUAAAUAAAAAGGAUAAAAAAGUUAAGGGUGAAUAUAAUUUUCAUGAACAUAUGAAAGAUGUAUACAAUGGAAAAUUUAAUGGUAAAUCUGAAGCAAUCAAAAAAGUUAAUGAAAUGAGAAAAAAAUGUAAUGAUUUAGGUGAAGAUUAUAGAAAUGAUUGUAUUAAAAAAGUUGAUAAUUUUGGAUAUUAUGCAUUUGCUUCAUUCUUUGUCCGUCGUAUGAAAGAUACUCUUGAAACUUAUACAUGUUUCAAAAGUAUUAAAGAAACUAUUAGACAUAUCAAAAAACAAUUUAAAAUUUUAUUAAAAGAAAAGAAAAAUCUUUUGGAUAAAAUAACAAUGAAAAAUUAUCUUUUAAAAAUUGAUAAUAUGAAAUUUGAAGUAAGUGAUUUUUAUUUAGAAAAUUUAAGAAAUAAAACAAGUAUGGAAAAAUGUUAUAAAUAUUUUAAAUUUUCAUCCAAAAAAGAUGAUGUAAAAAAAAUGUUAAGUAAUAUGAAAAAUUAUGCAUCAUUUAUACCUAGCAAAGAUAAAAAAUCUAAAGUUAGAUGUGUUGAUUUUAUUGUUAAUUCUGAAAGUAAUGGAGUAAAACUUGAAUUCUUAAUUGAUAAUUAUGCAUUUUAUUUACCAGAAAUGAAUACAUUAUACUUUAAUCCAACAAUAUGUAAUAAUCGUUGUCAUAAUGUUUAUUAUUCUAAAUUAUUUAAUUAUGGAUGUAGUGGUUUUACUAUUGCUCAUGAAAUGUUCCAUGCUUUUGACUCAGAAGGUAUGAAUUUUGAUUAUAAUGGUAAAGAAAAUUAUGAUGUAACAACUGAUUAUUCAAGAAAUAUAUUUAAUAAUAGAAGUAAAUGUUUUGUUAAAAUGUAUGGUAAUAAAUUUAAUAAUUUUUUGACAUUAGAUGAAGAUAUUGCUGAUAAUGGUGGAAUAAAAAUUGCUCAUAGACUUUUUAUUGAAGGAAAAAAACGAUUAAAAUGUAGUAAUCGUGUAAUUCCUAAAUUUGAAAAAUUAACUCAAGAACAACUAUUUUACAUAAAUUUAGCUAGAUCUAUUUGUAAAAAUCCAAAUGAAAAUCCUGAUAAACCAGAUGAUGAAAAUUAUGAAGGUAAUCCUAAAGAUUUCCGUAUCUGGAAAGUUUUAUCAAAUUCUAAAUCAUUUGCUAAAGCCUUCCAAUGUAAAGUUGGAGAAAAAAUGAAUCCAAAAGACAAAUGUGAAUUUUGGUAA